CUUACCAACAAGGUCAGACCCGACGUAGUAUCGCAAAAUGGCAUAGCAAAUAUCUAUUCCAGUCGCGUGCCCCGUUCUCUGUAGCUACCAAUGUCUCGCGUGAAGGACAUUUAGCAUAUUUCUGUGAAGGGUUUUUUUGGAGGAUCUUUGCUUGGUCGUGAAUUCUGGAGGAACGUUCGAGGGGGCGGCGAUUCGGGUGCUCGAGCGUUCCGAUCGCAUUGUAUGAAGCACCUGGUGUCACAGACUUCAAUAGCUCAGGGCUAUUCUUCGAGCACUGAUCUUGAAAUCCUUUACGAGAAAAUAAGGAAUGCGCUUAGGACAACAAGCGCAGGUCGACUUGCCACAUACGGUGUUACCCUUGUGGGUUGGCCAUCUACUAUACCGAUGGUUAAUCCCUCCAACCUGAAGGCCGGCCAGAGCAGGGAGCUGACGCUUCUCGAAAACGGGACUAUGAAACUUGUAUGGAUAUACAUUUCUCGAGAGCAAGAUGGGGUGCAGCCAUCGACGUCUAGUACGGAGGAUGACCCCGACUCGUUUUCGUGGGCUCUCCAGUUCGAUGACACUCUGUCGGAGAUGUCUGGACGUUCACGAUCUCCGGUUGUUUCAGGACCGAGAAAACGACCAAAGUUAUUAGAACAUGCGAUGGAACCGGACUCGAGUUAAAUAACACGCUGCAUUCCUUGCCUGCUAUUAGAUUAGUUAUCGCGUAGUAAUGACCAGAAAAAGGCUAGUGGAGGCCAGUC